GACAUAUCUGUUAAACUCUCCCAGAAAAUGGGUAAAGAUUGAACAGAUAUGUCACAAUAUUAAUGAUUUUAUGGCUAACUAAUUGAUUAUUUUUUGUUACUUGUGACAAUGAAGGAACAUCUGAUCUAAACCUAACAGACUAAAUGUAACACUUAUUGGCCUUUUUCAUUUUGUCUUAAGGGUGUCACAAUGGCCCAGCAGGUAGCGCUGCCUCCUCACAGCUCCAGGGUUUGAUCCUGAGCUCGGGGUUACUGUCUGUGCAGAGUUGUGCAUGUUCUCCCCAUCUCCCAAAAGCAGGAUGGUAAGUGGAUUGGCCACGCUAAAUGUGUGAAUGCAGACUCAGGUCCCAUACCAGAGUGUAUGCCUGCCUUGUGUCCAAUAUUCCUUGGAUAGACUCCAGAUCUAACUUGACCCUGACCAGGAUAAAGCGGUUACCGAAGACGAAUAGACAGAUAAACUAUUUGAUUAUUUUUGCAAUUGUGCCCUGCGAUGGAUUGGCACCCUGUCCAGGGUGUACCCUGCCUUGUGCCCAAUGCUCCCUGGUAUGGGCUCCAGGUUUCCCCGUGACCCUGAAAAGGAUAAGCAGUAUAGAAGAUGGAUGGAUGGAUGGAUGGAUGGAUUAUUUUUGCAGCUUGUGAUAACGAAGGAACAUGUGAGAAACCUAACACGCUAAACGUAACAUUGAUUUAUGGCAAAGUGGCACAACCGGUAGUCUCUCCACCUUACAACUCCAGGGCUCCUGGUUCGAUCAUGAGCAUGGGUUACUGUCUGUCCUGACUUGAACAUGUUCACCCUGUGUCUGCAUCGGUUUCCUUCAGGUUCUCCGGUUUCCACACACCUCCCGAAAACAUACAGGUCCAGGCUCAGCCUGGCUGCGUAAAGGUGUCCAUGAGAAAGCCACGCCGGAGAGGGGGCCUCCCCGGGGGUUUUGGCGCCAGGAAAAGCGAUGCUGCUACACCUCGGGGUGGUGGAGCUCGAGGGGGCGCACAACCCCGCUCGCCCUCCCCCUACAGACUCAAAGUCUCCCCGGCGCGAGAGACCCUGACCUACGCCCAGGCCCAAAAAAUGGUGGAGGUGGACCUGGAUGGCCGGCUUCACCGCAUCAGCAUAUUUGACCCGUUGGCCAUUAUCACGGAGGACGAAAUGAUGGCACAGGACAUGGCUGAAUGCAACAGCAACAAAGAGAACAGCGAGCAGACAUCUGCAACAGUUGUGGCCAGUCCAAGCCGCAGGUCUGCAAGCCAGAAGGGCAGAAAGAAGGACUCCAAAAAUGCAUCUUCUUCCUCUCAGAACUCACACAGACAGAAUCACACGCAGCAUAACUCAGCCCAGCAGCACAAUAACAACUGCUCAGCCUUACCCGAGCCCACGUUUAGGGUUCUGGAUUCAUUUGAGCCCGUUGAUGCUCCGCCUCUCCCCACCGCCUAUUAUCGUUACAUGGAGAAGUCACAGGAGGAGCUGGAGGCCGAGGCUGAGUAUGACAUGGAUGAGGAGGACGCGGCCUGGCUAGAGGUGGUGAAUGAGAAGCGGUCAUCUGAAAGCCAGACAGCUGUAUCGGCAGACACCUUUGAACUCCUGAUGGACCGGCUAGAGAAGGAGUCAUUCCUGGAGUCGAGAAUCCCUCAAAAUGCCGUGGAUGAGGACGCCUUCUGCUGUGUGUGCCUGGAUGACGAGUGCCUCAACAGCAACGUGAUCCUGUUCUGCGACGUGUGCAAUCUGGCUGUUCACCAGGAGUGCUACGGUGUGCCGUACGUGCCCGAGGGCCCUUGGCUUUGCCGUCGUUGCCUUCAGUCUCCUUCUCGGCCUGUGGACUGUGCGCUGUGCCCGAAUAGAGGCGGCGCGUUCAAGCAGACGAGUGAUGGCCGCUGGGCACACGUAGUGUGUGCCAUCUGGAUUCCUGAGGUGUGCUUUGCAAACACGGUAUUUCUCGAGCCCAUUGAGGGUGUAAACAACAUCCCGGCAGCUCGCUGGAGGCUGACGUGCUACCUGUGCAUGCAGAAGGGCCGUGGCGCCUCUAUCCAAUGCCACAGAGCCAACUGCUACACAGCGUUCCACGUGACUUGUGCCCAGAGGGCUGGACUCUUCAUGAAAAUCGAGCCGGUACGAGAGACCACAGCCAACGGUACAACGUUUUCUGUGAAGAAGACGGCAUUCUGCGAGGCACACUCGCCGCCCGAGAAGGAGGGGUCUGAUGACGAAGAGAACGGAGGGAGGGUGCUGGGCUGUCGGGCCAGUCGAGGAAUGAGUGCCUAUGCGCAGAGUCCUCAGCUGAUAAAGUCCUCACAAAGCAAUAAGAAGGAGCUCAAGAAGAAGAAGAAGAAGAAGGGGAAGAAAAGUCCAGAAGUAUCAUCCAAAAAAGCAUCAACGCCACUGGUCACCGUGCCGCAGAUUCCCCCACACCGGUUAAACAAAGUUUUUAAAGGUAUUAUUAUUCAAAAGAAGAAUUAUUUUAUGCAGAGGUUGCACAAUUAUUGGUUACUGAAGCGUCAGUCACGUAACGGAGUGCCUCUGAUUCGACGGUUACACUCGCAUCUGCAGGCCCAGAGGAGCGCGGAUCAGACCGAACCAGACGAGAAAGUCAGCGCCGUGCGAGAAGAACUCAAAUACUGGCAGAAGUUGCGUCAUGAUCUGGAGAGAGCACGGCUCCUGGUGGAGCUCAUCCGGAAGAGAGAGAAACUAAAGAGGGAGCAGGUGAAGGUACACCAGGCUGUGAUGGAGAUGCAGCUGACUCCUGCUCUCAUGCUGCAGCGCUCCACUCUGGACCAGCUGCAGGAGAAAGAUGUAGCACAUAUCUUUGGACAGCCGGUCAACCUUAAAGAGGUACCAGAUUACUUGGAGUUUGUCUCUCAGCCCAUGGACUUCUCCACCAUGAGGUCCAAGCUGGAGGCUCACCAGUACCACACGCUUUCAGACCUGGAGGCUGACUUCAACAUUAUGAUCUCCAACUGCCUGCUCUAUAACGCUAAGGACACUGUGUUUUACAAAGCGGCGGUGCGUCUACGUGAUUUAGGGGGUGCAAUCCUGCGCCACGCACUGAGGCAGGCUCACAACACGGGGCUGGACCCUCACACGGGCAUGCACCUACCAGAGUCUCCACACAAAAACGACUACUACCGCUGCACCCUGGAGGACGUGGACACCCUGCUAGACCCAGAGAACCGGCUGCACAUGACAGUAGAGGACCAGCUAAAGGAGCUGCUCGAUAAGCUGGAUGUGGUGACGUCGAUGCGCUCGAGCGGAGCCCGCACACGUCGCAUUCGGCUGUUGCGCAAAGAGAUCAACAAUAUCCGCUACCGCCGUAACUCCCACCUCUCUAACGGAGACGCUAAAGAGGACGAGCAGGAUGAUGACGAAGAUGAUGAGGACAAAGACAUGGACGCUGAGAACAACUUGUCUUCAUCCUCAGACAAAGAUGAUUGUAAAUCCACACCCCCUCCCACCUUGGAACCCUCCGGUCUGGCCUUAUCCCCUCCUCCUGGAGAGACCCCACUGGAUCCCCCCACUCUCCGGCCAAUGACCGAUCCUAAAACCACGUCCCCUUCUGAAGCCCUCAAACCAAGCACUGAGAGUCCAGACGCAGAUUCAGAGGUCGACGUGGCCUCUCAAAACUCAAGGGUGCGAGAGACCCCACCCGUGUUGUCGCCCAGCGAGGGGAAGCUGCUCAAUGGCGUCUCAAACACUGAAUCUCCUACACGUCCUGUUUCAGGAGGAGUGGGUCGCCGCACCUCCAUCCUGUUCAGAAAAGCGAAAAACGGUGCCAAGCUGCAUCGCGACAAAGACAAUCAGCUGCAGAACGGUGAGAGUAGAACGCCACAGCACCCUACCCCUCCAACUACCACUACUACCCCUCUAACCACAGAGGCAACGGUUCCACCCAUUCUCACCCCGGCCAGUCGGAGAGCUCGCAGCCGCAGCGCUAGUCCUGAGGAGCGACAAGAGAAGACACCGCCUCGCGCUAUAGAAACUGUUCUCACAAACGGAUUCAAAAAGCACAAAGAUGGUGGUUCAGACUCUGACAGCAGCUCCUCGCCCAUACUCAAAAAGGAAAUUACAUUGCCACCAAAAAAAAGUCGAGGAAAACCGGCGCUGUCCAAAGUACCGUUCCUAGAGACUGUUAAUGGAGAUUCGGACUACACUGGACCAGGUAAGAUGAUGUUACUACUGACAUCAACCUUGAACAUCAGGCUACAUAUGCAAAUAUCAGUUCAAAAGUAUUUUUGUAUUGACGGCACAAAGUUAAUCUUUAUUGUGUCUGUGGUGUUCUCUUUCUCAGUGGAUAUGCUGUCUAUAGAAAGCGAUGCAGAACCCGAGCCUCUGGACCUCGUGUGGGCCAAGUGCAGAGGAUAUCCGUCCUACCCUGCUCUGAUCAUAGAUCCGGACAUGCCGGAGGAGGGUGUGUUGCAUAAUGGCGUGCCCAUCCCUGUGCCACCUGCAGAUGUGCUGCGGCUCGGAGAACAGAGACAGGAGGAGGCUGGAGAGAAACUCUACCUUGUUCUCUUCUUUGACAACAAACGCACCUGGCAGUGGUUACCUCGGGAGAAGCUGCUGCCCCUGGGCGUAGACGACACGGCGGACAAACUGCGUCUGAUGGAGGGCCGAAAGACGAGCAUCCGCAAAUCCGUACAGGUGGCCUACGACCGAGCCAUGAUCCACCUGAGCCGAGUGCGCAGUGACCACGGCUUCAUCGCUUCCAGCUACCUGUAGCGAGGAUUCCUAGCAUCACUACCUGAGCUCAUCACUACCGCUCAAACAGCAUACGCACAGACGGCUGCAUCCCAAUCCUCUCGCUCUACUAGUCUCGUAGAGUAAUAUUGAGAGGUGAAGUUGCUUGAAUGCAAGUUCCGUGCAUUUCUUUCCAGUGUCAAGAAGGAGUUGCAGCCAUGCUUUUGAUUUGUGUGGUUUUUUUUUUUCUUUCUUUUCUUAUUCCUCUUAAAGUCUGGGUGGGUUAGAGAAAAGAUUUUUAAUGAACGUAACUGUGAGGUGUGUUGUGGUUUUUGUUUUGUUUUUUUUGUUUUUGUUUUUUUUUUUAAAACUAGUGUCACUUUAAAUCCCGUGGUUUUGAGUGUGGACCGUCUGAAGGCUGGAUAUAGACAUCUAACGGUAUCUGUUCUCUGACAACGAUUCGCUUAAUACAAAGGAGUGAAUGAAUCAGCUGGCGAGUGUGUGUGUGUGUGUGUGUGUGUGUGUGUGUGUGCGCGCGCGUGUGUGCGCGUGCGCAAACGUGUGAAUGGAUCACUGCCAUGUUUCUUACAAUAGCUUUUUACUUUUUAACGUUUUACAAACCACUUCUUGUAUAUUGUUAAGACACUCGUGUAUAUAACUACUUUUUUAUCAUGAUAUCUAAUUUAAUUUGGAUCUUGUGUAUGAAUUCAGUCACCUGGAUGUAUGAAGAAACAAGAUCUCUUCUGUACAUAUUUGUUUAAAAAAGAAAGAAAAAAAAUUAGAUCACUGGCUUGCUGCAAAAGUGUAUCCUGCUUGUCCUCGACUGUGUGCGUAUCAUUCAGUUGCCAGAAAAAUAUAUACUUAGAGUUUGUCUGAUUUGCAGCCAGUCGUCUGUGGUUAAAUAUUAUCACUUUUUGAUACACAGAAAUGUAAUUUAUUUAUGGAACACACAGAAAGAGAGAGCGAGAGAGAGGAAGAGAGAAUUAAAUUAUAUAUUGGUUGAAGUUUCAAAUCAAAGCUUAUUUAAGGUAAACUAUUGAAAUGGGUUUUAAAAGAAGAUGGGCUUUGUGACCUUGAGUUAGUUAUGUUAAGCUUUUAAAAAUGUACGUGCUGUAAGGAAACUUCACAAACUGUUAGUAAAAAUCCCUUUUUUUUGCACCACGAAGCACAGAGCCUGUAUUUAUUAUAGAACGUUGUUGAGCUUGUACCUGUUUAUAAGAUGUUUUACGCUUGUAUAAACUGCAGAUUUUACCUACUUGCCAAAUAUCCUGUCUGAAACAGUAUUUUCUCAUGUGGGGGAAAUAAAUGUUCUAUUGAAACUC